AUGUCGACAGCCGUUGAAACGCAAGUGGCGCCGGUCGCGGAGGUCACCUCUGUAAAAGGAAUGAAGAAGAAUGGCAAACAGUGGCAUGACAACAAGAGAGCGUUCCGACCCCGGGCAAAUCAGUCCUCGUUCGAGAAGCGGGCUGCCGAGCGCAAGACGCUUGCCGCCACCAAAGCCAAAGAGAAGGAAAUGAAGGACGAGAAGGAAGCAGAGCGACAACGACGAGUUGAGGCAAUCCGCACCAAACGAGCUGCGAAGGAGGAGCGAGAGCGCUUCGCGAAGAUGGAGGAGAAGAUGCACAAGAAGCGCGUCGAGCGCUUGAAGAGGAGGGAAAAGAGGAACAAGCUGCUCGCGUCUUGA